AGGCUUCUAGACCCAAAACUAAAGACUCUUUGUUGCAUUUCCACACCCCAGAGACAACAUAACAAUGACUCACUGCCCCUUCUCUUUCGAAUCCUUCUUUGCGCCAAAGAAAUUGCUGCAAUUCUUCACAAUUUCCUCUGCCCUUUCCUUUUCUUUUCCUCUCUGCAACAAUCUUCGUUACCCUCUACAACCCUUUUUCCCUUUCUUCUUUUUCAACUCUCUCUUGUCCAUCUGCUUCCUUCAAUUUUCUAUUUUUUCACCUUCAGCCACCUUUCCAGUCUAACCUGCUAACCAUGCCUGCCACAGCUAACUAGACAAUGUUGGAAAUUUGAUCUUUGACAUCUUCAUCUCUGUGAAAAAAGUUGUGGACUGGGCGACCUUUGGACUGUAAUCAAUUACAUAUCUGAGCCAAAUGUCUGGUGGGUUAGUUCCUCCAGUUCGGGUUGUUAGAUGCCCUAAAUGUCGGUUACUUCUUCCAGAGCCUACAGGAUGUGAUUUGUACAAGUGUGGUGAAUGUGGCACUACUCUUCAAGCUAAGAAACGAUCAGGUGUGAAUGUUAGUUCUCAAUCCAGUACACAAGAACCUAUUGCAGCUCCUGGAAAGCUUCUGGUUCCCUCUCGGGAAUGUAGUUUGAACGAAAAAACUUCUUCUGCCGAUUGUCAUGUAGUUGGAAAUAGUAACAGGGGACAACUUGUUCCGUUUAUUUUAUCUGAUGAAGAACAAGAAACUGAGUCGGAUAUCUAUAAUUUGUCACACAGAAGGCGUAGAAUGUCCAGCAAAGGUUGUUCAAAUUCAAAUAAGACCAAUCACUCUGAGAUUGAGGAGGUAAAUGAAGGAGAGUUGGUAGAAGAAUUGAAAGAGGAGUUUGUUUGUGCACUGGAUGAAGAUGGCUAUAAUGAUAGAUCAGCUUCAACUCUGAAAGGGGUAACAUCUGAAAAGAAAAAUACUGAAGUUGACCUAGAAGGAGCGAGAGAGUUCAUUUCUGAGUCAGAUGGACAAAAUGCCAACAAAGGCAAAUCAGUUGUAGUAGGUGCCGUCCCUAAUAAAGUAGAAAUUACUGAAAGCAUUGAUUCAGAAGGAGAAGAAGAGUUGAAUGGUGGAAACUUGUCAUCAGAGGGAGCAGAAGAGGAGUUUAGUUCUGCAUUGGAAGAAGAUACCAAUAAUUAUAAAUCAGCUCCAGUCGGUGAAAGCCUUGAAGUGAAAAUCACUGAAAUCAAUAGAGCAGAGGAGUUAAAUGAUGGAAAAUUGUUUGUGGAAGCAGAACAUACACCGGAUGGAGAAGAUUCCAAAAACAAUCCAUCAGUUAUAGACGGUGGAAAACCUGAAGUGGGCACUACAGAAAGUGCUUCUACUACUAUAAGGUCAAGUACAGAGGAGGAAAACAUUUUAUACGUUAUGCCUGAUAAACUUGAAGUUCCACCUGCUAAUCUUGUAUCCUCUCAUAAACAAAAGACGCAAGCUCAAAAAGAUGUUCACCGUGGCUUUGAUCGUGUAAGGUCUGUGAAUACAAGAGAUAGCACAGAAUUAAUUGAUCACAGUUCAGAGCUUAGUGAUAUUCAUGUUGGAAAAUUGUCCAAGUCCCCAAUUGCUAAAAGCUCUCAUGCUUAUGAUGGCAGCCUCUCUUCUUAUGAUGCAAUGGAUGAGAGGUCAACUAGCCAAUAUUCAGGUUCGUUUGACAACACUCACACCAUUACUAAUGAUGUUUCUGAGGGAAGGACCAGAAAGGGUAAAGGUCUUGUUCAAAACUUGCUCUAUGGAGACUUUGGAACACAACGUCAAUCACAUUUGUCCGAUGCGAAGCACCAUGCCAAGAAAGAAGAUGGCUGGGGUAAUCAAAACAAAGUGGUUGAGGAGACUACAAGAAAUGGUCAUCGACGCUGGAAGAGCACAAAGAGAGACGAGUUUCCUCCCAAAAUUCCUUUUCAUCGAAGUAGUUCUCGUUCUUACUAUGAAAGCGGAAACUCAUCAAACCAUAUGCAUGAUGAGAUCCACCGCAGCUCGAGCUUUCUUUCACAUGAAUCCUUUGAGGAAACUGACCAAGAGAAGACGAAACUGUUCAACAUGAUUCAUAAGUUGCAGGAUCAACUGAACAGGACUCUAUACACGAGUAGAGCAGCAAAUGGAAGACUGUCCAAGGGUGUGGCUUACAAGGGAAAUCGUAUUUCUGCUUACCAUAAUAAUGACUUUGAUGAGGGGAGAAGGUUUUCUUAUGGUUUGGAUUACCCUUUGUGUAAUGGAAGAUGUAGUCAUGGAGUCAACUGGCACCAAAGGCAUAAUAAAUCCUCACGGAUACCUUAUUCAGCUGAGGCAACAAGCAGUGCAUUCAAUGUUGAUCAUUCUUGCUACCAUUGUCGUUCCCAAGAGAGGCAGUUUUCAGCAGAUAUCUCACCACAUGGUCUUUUCCAGCAUGAAAGGCUACAGAGGUCCUGUGCAGGCCGAGACUGUUGCUCUUUUUCUAAUCACUCCUAUCCUUCAAGUCCACAAUGGUUCACAGGUUCUAAACUUCCACCAAUGUACGGACGUGAAACAAAAUCUGAUGAUCAGAGGCGUAGGGUUCCUGAGUUAAGUAGAUAUCUAAGGGAGAAAAGGAACUUGGUAGCUAAGAGACACCACAGGCCAGUGGCAGGUGGAGCUCCUUUUGUCACUUGUCAUAAAUGCUUAAACCUGUUGCAGCUACCUGCAGAUUUUCUCCUUUUCAAAAGGGCAUGUCAUCAGCUGAAAUGUGGGGAAUGUUCAGAGGUGCUCAAGUUUUCACUUCAUGGAAGCCAUAUAGAUUUAUUUUCAUCAAAUAAUGCUAUUGGCUCUCCAUCAAGGGACCUAAACGACCAAAGCCGGUUGAUUAGUAGCAGCAGUCUACCUUCAGCAUCACAUGCAAAGUAUUACCGUUAUUCACCUGCAGAGGCCAUUUCAUAUUAUGAUGAUUAUAGUCUUUCUAUCUCUAAAAGCUACUCCUCGGAAGGAGAGCCUAUUUCUUUGGCACAUUCUCAUCAGUUUCAUGGCAAUGAAUAUGAUAAUCCAAGAGUCUCUCGUGGUAUAUUUGAGCCUUCAACUGAGAAGGAGAACGUUGCUCCAAGAUAUUCUAGUGCAAGGAAGGGUUUGGUGGAGACAGAUGAAUCAGCUAUCUUUCCCACCAAUAUGUCUGGAUCUAGGAAAUUGACAUCAGAAAUGUGGGCAAGGCCACCACAAAAAAGUUCAUCACUUCAUCUACUGAUGGGAUAUUCUUCACCAAGUCAAGUAAUAAGAGGGUCUCGGACUUCUUUUGAAGGUGACUAAGGAGCUCACAGUUGACAAAAUCAUUAAAGAGAACUAUAAUGUUUGUUGAAGCUGGAAGGAUCAAGAAUGGGGGAGUUCUGUCAGAAUUUGACAUGUAAUAAGGCAUCCACAUGAAGACUUGAAGUGAUUUUCUUUUUCUUCCUGAUUUUAUUUUUUUGUAUCACAAGCCAUUUAUCUCCAUUAUUCAAUUUUUGUAUACAAUUUCUGUAACAUGUACUCUGUUUAUAAUAAUCGUCAUCUAAUGAUUUUGGUGUAUAAAAUGUUUAGUAUCUGUAUUUUAA